AUGGCUGUUUGCCGCCGGCUGCGGCCAUUUGCCACCUCGCACGUUGCACCCAAUGCCACUGCCAUGAGGCCGCAGAACAAGGUGGGUGGAGGUGCAUUUAUAUUGAUCAUGAACCUACUACUAUUUUUGACACUGCACGUGAUGACUUUCAUUCCUGAGAGAACCUGGAGCUCCUGGAAAGAGCCCCAAGAUGGAAGUUACUCUUGGUACCACUCUCUUCAGGUAGCUGGAGAAAGAUUUGAAGACCACAUUAAAACCAUAGCUCUUCUCUUGCAAAAGUUUGACCAAUCAAUGAAAGAGCAAGUAGGAGCUUUAGACAAGCUGGCAAGUAGCCAUAUCAAGAACUUGGGGGAAUGGCUCGAAGACCAUACUAGAGAUCUUAACGUGUGGCUCAGUAUGUACUUUUGGGCCCUCCAAGAGUUUCACAACAAUUAUAUGAAACAUCCUGACUAUAUACUGGCUAAAGAGAUGGUACUCCGUGACAAAUGUUGGAAUGAAGAUAUCAGUAAAGCAGAUCCGUGGCUGGACUAUUCUAAUAGUACCUUGUACAUGUGGUUGGAGGAAGCCCCUCUAAUUGUCUACAAAGCCCUGAGGAUGCAAGGUAGUAACCUCAAAAGAUAUACUGAAACGCAAAUCCAGCACAUAGAAGAACAUAUAAAAUUCUUAGAACAGUUAUUGGAUAAUUACAUUGCAGCAGCCAAGAAAUGGCUAGAUGAUUUUGCUACAGUUAAAGAAACAUCUUCCCAGAAUUUUACCUGGGACUUUUUCACGGCUCAAAACUACUAA